AAAUGGAAGCUGUCAGCUGUUAUGGAUAGUGAAGACAACUCGGAGAUAGUUUAACCGAUCCUUUGACGGUAUGGCUUCUCCAUUGACAACAGUGACCCCAGCAAGGGAUGCAGUGAGAAUUAAAGUAAUUCAGUAUGAAGUUGAUUCCCAGUGUUGUCGCUUCAGUGUUGACCCAGGACUCACUGGCUAUGAAGUGUUGCGGAAUCUCAUUGCACGAGCAUUUGAUCUAAAGGGUGAGUUCCAGACUUGCUACUUGGCUCGUGAUGACAGAUUUCCAGAAGCGUGUUGGGUCCCAAUGUUGUCUGAUUUUGACUUGGAAAUGGCUUUUGUCAAGUCUUCAGACCCUUACCUUUUGGUGAAGGUGGAAAUCUUAUCCUCAAAUGGCACUUGGGACGCUGUGACCAACAUGGACAUUCCAAAGCUCUCCCUACCAGAUCUUCCUCGAAAUAAUUAUUCUACCAAGCUCCCAGGAUUGUUUAAAGAAAAGAUGGAAAAGACUCUCUCUAUAGUACAGAAAGCCUUAAACUGGAAUGAUGAAGCUGGUGAUGAAGCUUCCUUGAGACCGCCCCGCCCUCCCUUGACUGACAGUGAAUUCCAGAAUAUGCUGAAUCGGGUGGGUCAGUUGGCUCAACCAAAAGAAUUGCGAUUAUGUGUUUACCUUGGGGGCUUGGAACCUUCACUAAGAAAAGUGGUGUGGAAACACUUGUUAAAUGUGUAUCCAGAAGGCCUUACUGGGCGUGAAAGGCUGGACUACAUGAAAAAGAAGACUCAGGAGUAUGAAAGCCUCAAAAAUGUCUGGCAGGAGCAUAUGAAGAAUGAAGAGAAGCAGAUAAGUGAGGAAGUGAAGUAUGUCACCAAUAUGGUUCGUAAGGACGUCUUGCGCACUGACCGUCACCACACUUACUUCAGUGGACCUGAUGACAACAGCAAUGUGCAAUCUCUCUAUAAUAUUUUAACCACGUAUGCUCUGAAUCAUCCUUCUGUUGGUUAUUGUCAAGGAAUGAGUGACUUGGCUUCUCCACUCUUAGUCACCAUGCGUGAUGAAGCUCAAGCAUAUGUUUGUUUCUGUGCCCUCAUGGCUCGGGUGCAUUCCAAUUUCCAUAUAGAUGGGGAUGCUAUGACUUUGAAGUUCCAGCACCUUACAGAAGCUCUCAUUUUCUAUGACUUGGAAUAUUUUACUUACCUUCAGCUGCAUCAGGCUGAUGACUUGCUGUUUUGCUAUCGGUGGCUGCUGCUGGAGUUGAAGCGAGAGUUUGCAUUUGAUGAUGCUCUACACAUGCUGGAGGUUUUGUGGAGUUCUCUUCCUCCAGAUCCACCUGCAGAAUCUCUUCCACUCUAUGAG